AUGCCUCGUCGUCGUCUUCGUGAUCGUGCCGGUACCGAAUCCGAGUCGCACUCCGACUCCGACAGUUCGGGAGACCAAGAGCCUCAGGAGGAGUGGCUUAAGGAGAGACAACGCACUGGCGGAUUUAAAGUCUUGAGGAAUGAUGAGCGCAACUAUAAUGAGUGGUGCGGACGCAACGCACAGGGCGAACAAAUCCACGUUGUCGGCAACGGCGCAAUGUAUCCGGAGGGCUAUCAGCCCAGUUGGAACCAGGUCAAUUCGUGGCGAUGCCCUCUUCAUGAUUGUCACGAGGCGUUUGAUCUUCCCCACAGGUUGGGCAAUCACUUCAAGAUGAAGCACCGAAAGGCACUGUUACACGAUUGCCGUAAUGGCAAGUUUAUCAAGACGGGCAAGAAACGUGUGCCGACCGCCAAAGAAUAUCGUAAUGGUCGUGCGGCAUGGGCGCCUAUCGUUAUAGGACGGGCUGUUUAUCCUGGUGGUCAACCACGACCUCAGCAAGCACAGGGCCAGCAGGUUGCGGCUCAACAAGGCGCGGCUCAACCAGUACCGGCGGCACAGGCUGCUCCCGCUGCUCCCGUCCCAGCUGCUCCUGCUCCUGCGCCGGUACCUGCUCCGGCACCUGCCCCUGCGCCUCAGCCUGUUCUCGCACGUGCGCCUCCAAUUCGUGCUGACAACGGUGCGCCUAGUUCUUCUGCUCUCGCGGCCAUCAACGUAGUCCCGGUUUUGCUCCCGCGCGCUCCCGCAAUCGUCCCGCCCGGCCAACUUCCCCUUCGCGAGCUCCCGGCCGCAGCGGCCAAUAACCGUGGCAAUAGCAGCAACCAAAGGAACAACGGCGGCGCCAAUAGGAGAAACAACAGCAACAGGACUCCCGACUUCACCAAGCCCAAGAAUCCAUCGAUCUGGGACUAUAUCAACAGCUUUACCCCUUCGCCUCUCCCUCUCCCACUCGACGCCUGUCUCCUGACCCUCCUCUCCGAACCUCGUGUCUGUGCCCUUCCUAAGUGCUGGAAGCAUCGCCUCCGGACUUCUACCCCGUUCCCUUCAUCGCCUUCGCCGACCCCAACUCCUCCUGCCUCUAUCUCACCGUUCUAUCCCCCUUCGAAUCUUUCUCGUUCCGGCCUUGCCGUUGCCGGACCUUCCAGCAACACUAAUAACGCCAACAACAAUGAGAACAACAACCUUAACUCAUCAGGCCCCCUAACCCUCAAAGACCUCGGCUCCCUCGCCUUAUACCUCUCCCGCAAGGACUCAACGACACCCUGCCACUCGCCGCACUGUCCCGUCGGCAAACUUUCGCGCGCCAGAUUCGACGAGAUUAACAAGGCAUUCAACGAGGGGAGCACGACAAUUCAUAAAGACAUGGCAUUUCCGAAGUGUAAGGGCGUUAGAGAGGAGGAUUUGACGGGAGAGAGUGACGGUGUGAGGGCGAUGAGGGAGCGGUUUGGCGAGUUUGGGGGGUGCGUUAAUGCGUAUUGGGCUGAAGGGGAGGAGGUGGAGGUGGGGGAGGUAGUGAUGGAGGAUGCGUGA